AUGGUUGACGAAACUGAUCUUAAACAAGCGUUAAAUGGUAAUGAGAGACCAAUUUCAAUCACAGUGGCAAUCACAAUUCUGAAGGUGGGUUUAAUUGAAAAAAUUGUUACGAGAGAAAAAAUAUAUACUUUUUGAAAAAAAAUUAUUUGAAAAUUUUCAGGCAUUGUUCUUCGUUUUUGAUGUAGUCACAUACAUUCCAUUCAAAAUUUUUGCUGAUCCCGCGCAAAAACUUGAGCUUUCGAAACGAAUCAAAGCCGAGCCAGAGCAUAGUGAUCCAGAACAAGCUUGGAGCAAUGUUGAGGCUAAAGAUGGGCUUAUUCAUACUUCCUUUGAUGGAAUCCACGAUCUCGGAAGACAAUGGGAAGAAUGUGUCAAGUUUGUGAUUCGAACUUUUGAAGAAAAAAUAAAAAAAAUAAAUGUAUUUUAGGAGAUAUGGCAACAAAGAAUGUAUGGGAACCCGUGAAGUCCUCAAAGUGCAUAAAGAAAAACAACCAAACGGGAAGAUUUUCGAAAAAUGGCAAAUGGGAAAUUACAAUUGGCGAACAUAUGCACAAGUUGAUAAACGUAUCAAUUUAAUUGCGUCUGGUUUAGAGAGUUUGGGACAGAAAGAAAAAGAACCGGUGAUUUUGUUUGCUGAAACACGUGAAGAAUGGAUGACAACCGCGUUGGCAUGUUUCAAAAUGAACUUUCCAAGUGAGUAGAUAAUGUUGGAAGUUGGAAAGUGAAAGGUGGAAACUUCUGAACUUUUCAUGAAGUAUAGAAAUCAAACUUUAUUUCUAUCUUUUUAAUAAAAUUCAAAAUAAGUUUUUCAAAAUUGUUCCAUAUAUUUAUUUUUAAAUUUCCCACAGUUUUUGAGAUCAAAAAAUGAAACAUAUUGUUUCUCCUUCCAAAAUACACAUUCACAAUUAGCCCUACUAAUUCAAUCAGCAAAUUAUUUCCUGAUUUCCAAAAAUUUUCAAAGUGAUUAAAUUGAAAAUAAUCGGAAACUACGAAACACAAAAAAAAUUCCAGUUGCCACCAUGUAUGCCACCCUUGGAGAUGAAGCCGUCGAAUAUGCAAUCAAUGAAGUUGGCGCAAAAACAAUCUUCACAUCAGAAGCUCUUAUCUCAAAAGUCAAAAAAGCGAUGAGCAAUGGUGCUCCAAUUGAAAAUAUCAUUUAUUUCGAUAGUGUUGAUCCAGCAUCUCGCGGAGAAUCGAUUGAUGUUGAUUUGUCAUUCACACUUCUGUCAUUCGAUCAACUCUUGAAUAAAGGGGAACGUGAGUACUGUAUGUGUUUUUUACCUAAUGUUUGGAGUUUUUUGAAAGUUAACACAUUUUCUGUUGUUUUUCUCCUAUGUUUGUUUGAUUGAUUUACAAAAAAGUAUUUGGAGUCCCGGAAUAUAUUUUGUCUAAGCUAGUGGAAAUCUGAAGUGAAAAGAAAUAUCAUUAUUUUCACAAGUUUCAAAACACGUUUUCAGGAUCUCUAAAAUUUGUAGAUGAUAGAAGUGUGUUAAUUUUCUGUGAUACUUAUAGAUAAAAACAUUUUAACUUCAAGUGAUAUCUUUCCAGCAUCUCCAAUCCCAAUCCGAAGCCAUAAAGAUGAUUUGGCUUUAAUUAUGUAUACAUCUGGAACAACUGGAAAUCCAAAGGGUGUUAUGAUCUCACAUGAAAAUAUUGUCGCCGUCACAGCUGGACAAGCCUACAAUAUCAAUUUGAAGUAUAAUUUUUCGAUUUUUUUUUCAUCUUCAAUAUUUUUAAUGCAAAUUUUUUUCAGCGACGAUGAUAGAUAUAUUGGAUAUCUUCCACUUGCACAUAUUCUCGAAGUUUGCGCUGAAAUGGUUGUGUUUUCAAAGGGUGUCAGAAUUGGAUAUUCAUCUGCGCAAACUUUGUUUGACAGAGCUCCAAAGAUUUUGAAGGGCGAACAUGGUGAUUGCUGGGCACUUCAACCUACUUUGAUGGCGUGUGUUCCAGUAGGUUUUUUGUUAUUUCAAAAUUGCAACCAAUUCUUGAUUCUACAAUCAUUCAUAAAAUUCUUCAUUUUCAGGCUGUUAUGGAUAGAAUUUUCAAAGCAGUCAUCGAUGAAGUUAAUUCAAAUUCCGAAAUGUUCCGUGAAUUGUUCAAAACCUGUUAUGAAAGAAAACGAGCAAGAUAUGAAGAUGGAUACACCAGUGUAAUUCUCAAUAAAUUAGUUUUCAACAAAAUUGGCAAACUUCUCGGCGGACAUGUUCGUCAAAUUCUUUCCGGUGGUGCUCCUUUGUCACCAGAAACUCAACGUUUCAUGAAUAUCUGCUUCUGCUGUCCAGUUGUCCAAGGUUACGGUUUGACAGAAACUUGUGGAGGUGGAACUUUGGCUGAUGUUCAUGAUUUAUCGACAGGAACUGUUGGGCCUCCACUUCCAUGCACAAAAAUUUUGCUUCGCGAAUGGUCAGAAGCUGGUUAUUCACCAAAGAAUAAUCCACCACAGGGUGAAAUUUUGAUCAAUGGUCCAAAUGUGGCACAAGGUUAUUAUAAAAAUGAGGAGAAGACAAGAGAAGAAUUUUUGAUUAUUGAUGGAAAACGAUUCUUUGCAACUGGUGAUAUUGGAGAAUUCAGAGAAGAUGGUUCAUUGAAAAUUAUUGGUGAGUUUGGGUGGGGAUUUAAAUUGAGUGGAUUCAGGGCAUGGCUGGUUAGGCAGCGCGUUUUUUGUAGUAAACUUGUUUUGGAAACAAGAAACAUAAUUUUCAUUAUUUUCAGAUCGUAAAAAGGAUUUAUUGAAAUUGGCUCAUGGUGAAUACAUUUCCCUUGGAAAAGUUGAAACAAAUCUUUUGACAAACGCAAUCGUUGAAAAUGUGUGUGUAUAUGGUGAUUCUGAAAAAAGCUUCCUUGUCGCUCUUAUUGUUCCAAAUCAGAAAAAUUUGACUGCUCUUGCUGAAAAAUUGGAAGUUGAUACAAGUGAUUAUGAAAAAGUGUGCCAAGAUCCUAAAGUUGUGGCAGCCGUGCAAAAGGAAUUGGCUUCAUAUACUGCUUGUAAGUUGUUUUUCGAAAAGAACUUUUCCAAAUAUAACUUUUUUGUUCAGCAAAAUUACAACGUGUCGAACAACCCCAAAAAAUCUACCUCUGCUCUGAAGCUUGGACACCAGCUUCAGGACUUUUGACUGAAGCCCUCAAAUUGAAGCGUAAAAAUAUUGAAAAUGCAUUCCGCAAACAACUCGAUAAACUCUACAGUUAA